AUGCGCUCCAGCCUGCUCUCCGCUGUAGCUCUUGCCAUUACUAGUUUGUUUACUGUUGUCCGUGCGGCAGAUCCACCACCAUGGAACGUGCUCUACACAAACGACACCAAUGGAGCCUACUACUUCCUCGAUUCAUCCCAGGGCAAGAUCGUCGUCUCAUCCGCCUCCAAGCAAGUAUCCACUUAA